AUGGAAGACUAUAAGUAUUUGUUCAAAGUUGUCCUUGUUGGCAACGCUGGCGUCGGUAAAACGUGCUUGUUAAUGUCAUUCUUUCAGGGUAUAUUUCCACCAGGUCAGAGCGCCACAAUUGGCGUUGAUUUUAUGAUAAAAACGGUGAAAGUAGGUGAUGAUAAAAUCAAGUUACAAAUUUGGGACACGGCAGGUCAGGAGCGUUUCCGCUCGAUCACACAAUCCUACUAUCGAUCAGCACAUGCCAUCGUGCUGGUCUAUGACGUGGCAUGUCAACCGAGCUUCGAUUGCUUACCCGAGUGGUUGGGCGAGAUCGAACAGUACGCGAACAGACGCGUGCUGAAAAUACUUGUCGGUAAUAAAGUGGACAAAGAGGACGAGCGUGAGAUUCCGGAGAGGAUUGGUAAGAAUUUUGGAGAUGCGAACGCGUUCGAUUAUUUCUUGGAGACAUCCGCGUUGGAUGCGACCAAUGUGGAUCGAUUAUUUCAUGAGGUUGCGAUGAGACUGACUAAUGACAUGAAGAGGAAAACUUUAAUGGCCCUUUGUUUAAGGUAUACGAAUUAUACAGCUACCAAAGAACCUGGAUCAAUAAGCCUGUUGGAUCGAGUGACAAUGCAGGCGAACUCGUGUUGUGCGAGAAAUUGA